UUGCCAUUGACGUAAGCGCUCCUUCUAUGAGAUAAAUGGUAAAACAAGGCGUUCUCUGAUUUCAAAAAAUUUUGUGAGCUAGUUGUACAGUUAAGAGUUCUCGUGCUAAACAUUGUUCAGGUUAAUUGACACGUUGGUUUGGUUACAUUACGUACCGUACAGAGUCUAAAUACACUAACUUGUUUUUUGCCGUGAAUUUUGUUUUCUAAAUGCUCGUUAACGUAUCCUGUCUGACACCCGGGCAUAAAACAAUGUGUACUCAUUUUCCAGGAGGUAAUAUUAAAAGUGUGACGCACGUGUAGCGCGUUCCAAUUUUCAAUGCAACAGAUGAUAUCGGCGCUGCGAGUGGUGCUAUUGAUACUACAAACCUCUGCUAUCGAAAAGAGCAAGGAAGAUGGGAUAGAGAACCAGCCAACCGUACAGAUUUUUAGCAGCGCCAUCUGUUGAGCCAGGGAGGAACUACGUGAUAUAUUUGAGAAUCAAAAAAUAACCAAUAUCACGUUGCAUUCAGCCAAGCAGCGUCAGAACCUAUUAAGUUGCUAUUAACCUCUUUCGUGGCGGCGUUCCCACGGUGUGCCUAGUAUUGUUCAACGCAAGUAGGAGUUCAACAUAGUCGUGUAUAAAACAUACAACAUUAGCGAUUAAUAAUGCCGCGUAAGUGUGACGUGGUGAAUUGCCGAAAUCGUUUGGAGAAACACUUUCAUUUCUUCACGCUGCCGAAGAACGAAGAGCAUGCCGCGGAAUGGAUAAGAUUUUCAGGACGAGAGAAAACCAUCAACCGGAAAGAUUUUCGUAUCUGCAGCAAACAUUUUCCGCCAAACAAAAUUUGGAAACUGAAACCUCGUCCUCUUUUGACCCGCGAUGCUGUGCCAUCAUUGUACGGCCUAAAAAACGGAUCGGCUUCGAAGUCGUCCAGCAUCGAAGACAAAACUUCAGGACCGACUGUUGACAAUUUGCCACAGGAAAAUGAAGUGGUUCUUCAGAAUUUGGUAUGUGGCAGUAGUUUCGGUAAGAUUGUAAAACAGCAGUAUUAAUAACUUCUAAAACAAUCGUGAAUUUUUAGAGCCAUUGGAGGCUGCAAUUUGUACAUACAGACAUCUAUUCUCGUGUAGUUAAAAAUAUCUAUUCAAUCAGAUCAAGUAUUUAGCAUUAUAAUGUACAGUAUACGAAGCGAAGUACAAAAAAACAAAAAAAAUAUGAAAAAUGACAAAGA